CACACUUGUCCCCUCUCAACACUUUUUUGUUAUUCUCUCACUUUAUCCUCACCUCUCGCCUAAAGUUCAUUUCAAAUUUUUGAUUCAUUUCUUACUGUGUGAAAUCAAGAACUAGACGGAGUCGGAGUGGUUGGCUCGAGAUGCUUCAAUGAGUCGACGGACUGCGUCGAAGUUACUAGUUUUUGUAUUUUUAUGCUCUUUAUGUUUUGGAACUCAACGGUAUGAUAUGCCGAGAAAAAUUGACUUGUUUAAUGAUUUGAUUACACAAUCGACAACUCCAGCAUCUCCAAAGUGCCAAUGUCUUCCACCAACAACUCCAUCCACCCCUCCAAACUGUAUUCCUUACGAUUCUCGAUUGCAAGCAGCAAGUCUUGAAGAAGCUAUUGUGGCAUUCCCAGAUCUUACCAUUACUCGACAAGAGAAGACACAACAAUCUACUGCAACACUAAACAACUGCAAAACUAAACAAUGCCGUGAUUGCUAUAAAGAUCUCAGAAGCCAGUUGCGAAAAGUCGGUCUUCUUCCAGGAACCAUUGACCAGGUGUUUCACAAUCAGCGGAACUUCACAACUUGUCAAAAAUAUAGAUUUGCAAGACAGGAUAAAGGAGUCUAUGAGAAGAAAAAGAAAGCCAAACAACAUUAUGAUUGGGAUUAUGUAGAAUAUGAUGAAGAUGAAGAUGAUGAUUACUUUUGGGAUGGAUUAUUUUGGAAGAAGAAGAGAAAUGUAUUAAAGAAAAUUGUAAAACGAGACGUUGAAGCUACUACUGCAAUUUCACAACCACCUAACAGUACAGCAAUGAACUCAACCGGAAUUAUAGGAAUUCGAUUUCCGAUCUCUUGCACAACUCGAGGCGUCACUCCAGAUGGAUUAGGAACUGUUUCCCUUUGUAGUACAUGUUGGGUGUGGCGACGUCUUCCGAGUACCUACUAUCCUGCAUAUCUUAACGAAGUCGUGUGCGAUUAUGCGGACACAUCGUGUCUGAGUGGAUACGCGUCAUGCCAAACUGGAACCCAACAGUUGAAUGUGCUACGAAAUGACAGCGGGAAAUUGAUUCCAAUAUCGGUAUCAGCUGGAAUCAAUUGUGAAUGUAGAUUAGCAGUUGGAUCAACACUUGAAUCACUCGUACUUGGACAAGGAAUUUCCAAAGCAAUGCCGCCAAUUGACACAACUAGUACAAAACCACCAAAUUUGGCAACAAGCACAACAAGCCAUUCCUAAUUUAUUUGGGUAUUUUACUCUUGAUAAUUGUAUUAAUGAUCAUUUAAUGUUGUUGAAUAUCACACAUUUAACAUAUUCAAUCGAAGAAAUAUAACGACGUUCCACAACAUCCAGUA